AUGCCAACUGCCACAAAGGGGCAUUCUGCCCUCGGAAGCGCGCGAGCCAGGAAACUCGCGAGCUCGGGAGCGACGAAUGGCAAGUACGAGCUGUCAUUCAAGUUUAUUGGCACCAGUUACUUGAAGUUGAGAGUCUCAUGGGAAAUGGUAUUCUAUCCUAAUACUCCGCCUGCCGCCGCUCCAAAGACGUUCGAGUUUGCUGCCAUCUGGCGCAAUUGGGAAGGAGGCAGAAGAACAGCAGAAAAAGCCGCGCCGCUCUCCCGGCGAGGCUUGGGCUGA